AUGAGUCCGGCGCACAUGGCUCUAUGGCUUCGUGCCGAUUCGAGCUCUAGUUCCUCAUCUUUUUCAUCGUCUUGGGACAAAUGUAUGUCGAAGACGUACUGCAAAUGGCCUGUUAUCGUCGCGAUCAUCAUCUGCGCUGUGAUUGUCAUUUGUAUCGUGGGGUGCGUCAUUAAUUGUUUGUGCUGCGGCUAUCAAUGCUGUAAAUGCUGCUGCGGCUGUUGUUGUCCCUCCGGUCGACGUAAAUCCAAGAAGCCCAAAUACUAUGACGAAACUCCUCUGAACCAGCCGCCUCCACCCCCCCCUGAGCCCAUAUACCAGCCUUCGCCCGCCCCGCCUGUAUACCGGGGAGCCGUGAGGACGGCAACAUUCGACUCGCCGAAGACCACUACUGCCAAUGAUGAUGAAUUGCCCGCGAUGCCCACCUGGGCUUCCGCAGUCGAUAAGCGCAUCGAAGAUGAGAGCCACCACGAUGAGGUCGAGAUGGAGCCAUUAGGGCCUGACCGCAAGCAGGGCGCUGGCACGCCCAUGCAUCCAGGCGCCGCCUACUCGGACUACCCACCGACCCGUACCCCCUCGGCUCCCGGGUACAGAGGGUUCAAUCCCACUGAUCCCUAUGCCCGGCGGUCUCCUGGCCCGGCGGCUGCAUUGGCUGUCGCCCAGGAUCCUUACCGCCGCUCGCCCGUCAGCAACACGUCCCCCAUCGGUGCUGGCCCCAUUGAUCCCUAUGGACGGCGAUCCCCCGGCCCAGCAGCGGCGUACGGCGUCGCAAAUGACCCUUAUACCCGCCGUUCUCCUGUCCCUUCGGGCCCAGCUGCCACGUACGCCGCCGCACAGGAUCCGUAUGGCCGGCGCUCACCUGGUAUCGGUGUAGCAGUUGGGGCACCAGCCGCCUAUGAUCAACCGUACGACCAUCAACCGUACGAUCACCAGCCGUAUGACCACCAGCAGCCCUACACGGACUAUGCGCAUGGCGCGGACAAUCAGUUGCACACCGUCGGCUCGCCCACUCCCAUUGCGGCCUAUAACCCCCACAACAACUAUAACCCGGCGCCGAUGGCAUUUUCCCCAGACUCUGCACACGCCGCUCCGGCGGCGGGAUUCCAGCGCCAGCCGUCCUUCGGCUCGACCCAGUACCCGCCCACUUACACUUCGCAGGCGGCAUCGCCCCCUCCUCCAUUCCAGUCGCACGCCAACUCGGAAUUCGAGUACACCAUGGAGCCAACGCGAGAGCGGCCACCGACUCUCCUGCAAAGCGGGCGCAAGCCAGCCCCGAAUACUUUCCGGGACGUCUGA